UUGACACAACACCACGCCUGUCACUGUCACCUGUCGGAGAACAUUGUUACUUGAAAGUUUUCUAAUAAAUCGUCAAUAAAUACGUGUAAAUGUGAGUACCUUAUUACUUUGCCAAUAAAAAUUCCACCUGUGUUCACUAACUGUUAAAAUACACCGUUUUUUAUAAAUCGUCCACGCUUAUAAUGCCUAUAAACUUUCAAUAAGGUUUUGAACAGUGAAAAAUGUUUGCAUCUUUAAAAAAUAAAAUCCGUGAAGAAACUGGCAGCGAUUUAUCAAAAUUAACAGCAAAGAUAACAUCAUCUACAGUCCAAAGAAUUGAUUCAUUACGGGGGCGUUCUCAUCAAGGCUCGUCAUCAAGUAUUAACUCUAUUGUAUCAUCAGAUGGUGUUAAAGAAGACGGCACAAUUGAACCAGAAGAAUUGAAAAAGCGUUUACUAAAGAUCGAAGCAGAGUUUGUCAAGAAAUUGGAUCAGAAGGAGUUAGAGUGGAGGGAAAUAUUAGCUGAAAAGGAUAAACGAUUACAAAGUUUGGAAAAGGAAAAGGAUGAAGCCCUGAAACAAGUCCAUGUAUUAAGAGAAACAUUAAAGAAUGCAGAAGAAUAUAAACAAAGGCUAGUGGAACAUCAAGAGGAUAAAGAACAGAUGGAAAAUCUUCAAACUCAGGAAUUAAGUAAAGUAAAACAUUUAGUUUUAUUACGUGAUCAAGAGUUAGCUGAAAAAACAACAUCCUUAAAAGAUGCUAAUUUGCACCUAGAAAAACUAAGAAAUGAAGUUUCUAGACUAAGACGACAGGAAGAACAGUUGAGUGAUUUACAGGAUGAUUUAGAAUCUCUAAGACAUUCCAGCUCAAGAGAUUUGGCUGCUUUGGCCACAGAAUUGGCAAAAAGUGAAGAAGAGAGGCGACAUUUAUCUGAUUUGGUUGUCGUUUUAAGGCAAAGAGUAGCAAAUGAAACUUCAGAUGAUGAACAUAUCACAUCAGAAAGACGCCUUUUGGAGCAAAGACUUGAAGAAGCUCAUUUACAUUUAGCUGACAUCAAAACUUCAUGGAGUGAUAAAAUCGCCUCUUUAGAAACUCAGGUGGGUCGUUUAAGUCGACAAGCAGCUGAAGAGGGAACUGAAAGGCGAAGGGCUGUCCAAGAAAAGGAGAAACUUGAAGAAAAAGUUAGACAAAUGGAAGCUGAAUUGGAAUGUAAUAGAUUAGACUUAAAUAAUAAAGAAACAAAAAUUAAGAGGUUGACAAUGGAUGUUGAAGAACUGUCCAUUGAAAUAAAAGCUCUCCGAUCUGAAAGUGAAGAGGAAGUUACAUUCCUCAGGACGCAACUUCAAGACGCUGUUACAGAAGUGAAGGUGGUACGGAAAAAUUUAGAAAAUACUGAAAGUGAAUUAGAUAAAACAGGAGAAGAGUGCAGUAAGUUGAAAUUAUCAGUUGAUUCUGAACAUGAAGCAAACAGUUCACUGCGACAGUUAAUAACGAAAUUGGAAAAAGAACUAGGCGAAGAAAAGACAAAUUCACUAAAUGUACAGAAAACGUUGUCAAGGGUGACCGCUGAAAAAAACACAGCACUUCUACGGAAUGCGGAAAUAUCCCAGCAGAUGGAGCUAGUGAAACAAGAAAAAAGACGCCAAGAGAGUGAGAUGACUGAUCUUCUUAAUAAAGUUGUUCAGCUUGAAGACGAAAAUAAAAAACAUAUUGAAGUGAAAGUGUUAGAGCAAGAAUUAAGAAACAGUGUAACAGAACUAGAAGAGCAGCUUUCAGAGAAAAAUAAGAAUAUUAAAACGCUCCAGUUGCGGUUAGCUGACAUGAAAAAGACGUUACAGCAAGAAUUACGAACGCCAGGUAAUCCCAAUUAUCAUAGUGACUUAUUGGAUAAUUCAGCAGCUAUUCUCACUCCCAGUCAAGUGUUGACAAAAGGUUUUCCUAGUGUGGUGAGACGUGAUGAAGAUGAUGUUAAUUUUAAAUAUUUAAAACAUGUAGUUAUUAAAUUUUUGACAAGUAGGGAAUAUGAAGCUCAACAUUUAACCAAAGCAAUAGCAACCUUACUUAAAUUCACAGCUGAUGAAGAGAAAUUAGUUAAUGAUACAUUGGAAUGGAAAAGAUCAUGGUUUGGUAGUAGGCCAAAACUAGGAAGUGGCCAAAAAGCCAGAGCUAUUCCACAUAGCUGAUGGUUGCUUUAAUUUUCUUUUCUAUGCUUAUGUGAUAUGACAUUAUAAACUAAAUUGACCAUUCCAGUGGUAUAUGCAGGAACACAAGGCUUUUUUUAUUUUUGGAUAUGUAAAUCUUCCAUUUUUGUUUAGAGGAUCGAGUUUGCACUGGCUUUUUCAUUUUACUGAAUUGAUUUAUCUACAGAGGUAUAGUUAUUAUAAUUUUUGACAAACUGUUAGACAAAGUAUUAAAUAAAAGCAAAUGCCCAGUUUAGAAUAUAGUUGUACAAAAGUGUAAAUAAAUCAGACAACUUUUGUUGUAAAACUAAAGUAUGGAUGCUUUGUAAUAAUUAAUGCCUGUAUUUAUUUCUGAAAUUUAAAUAUAAAAAAUAUUUUAAAGACU